AUGGGCGGUGUUCCAUCAGUGCCAACUGAUCUUUCAAGGAAGGUUGAAGUCAUCAGCGUAGGCUUUUCGCGAACGGGUACACUAUCAUACGCAAGAGCCUACGAGAUUCUACUCGACGGGCCGACAUUUCACGGAGGCGAGCAGUUGCUUCAAAGAGAGGACGGUCAGUAUGCUACCAAGAACAAGUUGGACUUUCUUGACACAUCACGACAAGACGACAAGCCGCGCUUGAUGAAGCUGCUCCGCGAGGCGACGGCCGGGUUUGUGGCCAUGGCGGACGUGCCGGCGUUCAACUUCCUGCCUGAGUUGAUGGAGCUGUACCCGGAUGCCAAGGUCGUCCUCGUGACGCGCGACCCGGAGAGGUGGUGGAAGAGCUUCAAGCCGGUCGCCGACAGCUGCGAAGACCAGACGCUGAACCGCCUUGUGCAGCCGCUCCCGGGCCGUAGAUGGUACAUUGACACAGCCAGAGGGUACUUCGAAGAGUGGGCAUCCCAUUCCAGGACCAUCGACUCAGGAGGCUGCAUUGCUGACGUCUUCACAGUGUCGAGAGGCGACAUGGAGGCCGUCCGGGCCCGGAUCUGA